GGAAGGAGCGUCUCUGGUUAAGAAGGGGAACGAAAGAUGGCGGCGGAAACGCUGCUGUCCAGCCUAUUGGGGCUGCUGCUUCUGGGGCUGUUGUUACCUGCAAGUCUGACCGGCGGUGUUGGGAGCUUGAACCUGGAGGAGCUGAGUGAAAUGCGUUAUGGAAUCGAGAUCCUGCCAUUGCCAGUCUUGGGAGGGCAGAGCCAAGCUUCGGACGUGGUGAUCGUCUCCUCCAAGUACAAACAGCGCUACGAGUGUCGCCUGCCCGCUGGAGCUAUCCACUUCCAGCGGGAGAGGGAGGAGGAGACACCUGCGUACCAAGGGCCUGGGAUCCCGGAGUUGCUGAGCCCCAUGAGAGAUGCUCCCUGCCUGCUCAAGACCAAAGACUGGUGGACGUACGAGUUCUGUUAUGGACGCCACAUCCAGCAGUACCACAUGGAAGAUUCAGAGAUCAAAGGUGAAGUCCUGUAUCUCGGCUACUACCAAUCGGCCUUCGACUGGGAUGAUGAAACAGCCAAGGCCUCCAAGCAGCAUCGCCUGAAACGCUACCACAGCCAGACCUAUGGCAAUGGGUCCAAGUGCGACCUCAAUGGGAGGCCCCGGGAGGCUGAGGUUCGGUUCCUCUGUGAUGAGAGUGCAGGCAUUUCCGGGGACUACAUUGACCGCGUGGACGAGCCCCUGUCCUGCUCUUACGUGCUGACCAUUCGGACCCCCCGGCUCUGCCCCCACCCUCUCCUCCGGCCCCCACCCAGUGCUGCUCCACAGGCUAUCCUCUGCCACCCUUCCCUGCAGCCCGAAGAGUACCUGGCCUACAUGCAGAGGCAAGACGACUCAAAGCAGGAUGAAAAUAAAGUCAUAGAGGAGGUGCAAGACCUAGAGCCCCAAAUGUGGAGUGAGGCCAAGCCUGGGGCGGUACCCCCAAAGAGAGCAGGUGCGAACCCAGCCAAGGACGACAGUAAGGAACCUGAUUUCUGGAAGAUGCUUCAUGAGCCAGAGGAGCAGGCCCCCAGAGGGGAAGGGGCAGAGGCGGAGGAGCAGGACCCGAAUCCGGAGGCAGCAGACGUGGCUCCAGGCCCUCCCAGCGAUUUUCAGAACAACGUGCAGGUCAAGGUCAUUCGGAGUCCUGCCGACUUGAUUCGCUUGAUAGAGGAGCUGAAAGGUGGAACGAAAAAGGGGAAGCCAAACGCAGCCCAAGAGCAGCCGGACGAGGACAUCCCAGAAGCCCCUCAGAGGGAACCGGAGGGGAAGGACAAGGGUGACGCGGACCCUCCGGGUGAGGUGGGGGAGGAGGACGACGGGGACGAGGACGAAGACGAGGAUGAGGAUGAGCGGCAGCUUCUGGGGGAGUUUGAGAAGGAGCUGGAAGGGAUCCUGCUCCCAUCCGACCGCGAGCGGCUCCGCGCCGAGGUGAAGGCAGGCAUGGAGCGGGAGCUGGACAGCAUCAUCCAGGAGACGGAGAAGGAGCUGGACCCGGAUGGGCUGAAGAAGGAGUCGGAGCGCGAUCGCGCCAUGCUGGCUCUGACGUCCACUCUCAGCAAGCUCAUCAAAAGGCUGGAGGAGAAGCAGAGCCCAGAGCUGCUGACGAAGCACAGGAGGAGGAAGGUGGUCGCCAGAAAGCCGCCCCCGUCGCCACAGCCUGCAGAGGAGGAUCCUGAGCACAGAGUCCGGGUCCGGGUCACCAAGCUCCGUCACGGAGGCCCCAAUCGGGAUCUGACUGUCCUCGAGAUGAAACGGGAAAACCCGCAGCUGAAACAGAUCGAGGGGCUGGUGAAGGAGCUGCUGGAGAGGGAGGGGCUCACGGCGGAAGGGAAGAUCGAGAUCAAAAUCGUCCGGCCGGGGGCUGACGGCGCCGAGGAGGACGCGCGCUGGCUGAGCGACGAGGACACGAAAAACCUCAAGGAGAUUUUCUUCAACAUCUUGGGCCAGCCAGGACUCCGGAGUGUCCCCGGCGCCGCCCUCCCAGGUGCUCACCCAGCCCUCCCGCAGGUGCAGGGAGCAGAAGAGGCGCACAAAGAGCGGCAGCGGCAGAAGGAGCUGGAGAGCAACUACCGCCGGGUGUGGGGCUCCCGAGGCGGCGAGGGCACCGGGGACCUGGAUGAGUUCGACUUCUGAGACCGCCCCGCAAGGCCCCCUGGGAAUCUGGAGCCUUCCCCUACCCCUGGAGCCCCUGAGGGCACAGCAGCAGAGGGCGCCGAGCUGUGGACUUUGUGGGCCCCAGCUCGGGGCGCGGAGGGCUGUGGGCUAGGUGCUGCCCGUGGUCUUUGCCCUCCCAGACUUUCCCGGCAUCCCCUUCCUGUCCUUGGCCCUCCCGGGUAUGGGCCCUGAACUGCAGGGAGAGCGAGCGCAGUGGGCUCAACAGGCCCCUGCCCCGCUGCCGACGGGGUUACUGUUCCCCCUUCCCCUGGGGGGCCUCAGGAGGCCCCUUCCCCUUUCCCAGCCACACGGCCCUUCCCGCCGGCCCUUCCGAGGUGGGGAACCUUCACUUCUGUCGCCCCGAAAGCGGAGAAUGCUGCCCGUCUCCCCUGACACAAUCCCAGCCAAGAAAAGGGUGGGCGCAGAACCACCAUGUUUUUUUGAACAAUCAGGUUUCUAAAUAAAGAACUGGACCAUCA